AUGGCAUCGAAUAAAAGCGGUUUCAAAACGUUUGAAUGGGAUCUUAAAAGUGGAUAUAAACCAAUACAAUGGCGAUCAACAGUUUCAGCGCCAUCAUGCGCAUUGUGUAAUAAAGCUGUUUUUCCAGCUGAAGAAGUUAUUGGAGCUGGACAAAAAUAUCAUAAACUUUGUCUUAAAUGCAUUUCAUGCAAUGCCUUACUCAAUUCUGGGAAUAUAAAUGAACAUGAUAAAAAAAUCUAUUGCGUCGGAUGUUAUCGUCGUCAAUUUGGUCCACGAGGAGUGGGUCGUGGUCUCGGAACAACAGCAUCAGUUAGUCUCGGAACAACAGCAUCAGUUAAUCUCGAAACACCACCAAGUAGUCCUAGUUUAAGUCAAACAAGAUCUAAUUUUCAUACUGAAAUAAUCGAUACUACCGAUGGAUUACGUCAUGAACGAAAAACAUCAACAGGUUCAUCACCGUCUCGUACAUCAUCUGAUGAUGAUUCACGACACAGUAAUCCUCUCAUGAACAGUGUCACAUAUAUCGGUGGAGUGACUAUAAAACAAACAAUGUUGACUAUGGCUCGUCCUUCGUCAUCUAAUUUAACAAAUGGAUCAUCUUUUCGAAUGAAAUCAAUAUCAGCACAUGUUUGUCCACGUUGUUCAAAAAGUGUUUAUUCAGCUGAAGAAGUUAAAGCUGCUGGAAAAUCAUUUCAUAAACGAUGUUAUACAUGUGCUCAUUGUAAAAAAAGUAUCAAUGGUGGCCGAUAUUCAGAACAUGAAGGAGAACUCUAUGAUAACAAUUGCUAUCAACGAUUGUUUGGUCCUAAAUGUGUUGGUUAUGGCAAUGGAUCAACGACAUUAUCAACAGGAAGUUAA